CCGUUUCACCAGGAAGUGGUAGCCGCGUAGAACAGUAGCAGCGGCGCUAGAAAAGAGAGCGUGGUGGUGUGGUGGUGGUAGAUGAGUGACAGAGUGAGAGCUGAGCUGAGUAGUGGGAGUGCGUGCACGAAGGGGAAGAGAGAGGAAAGAGACGGCACCACCCACACGACACAGGCGCACACGCGCGCACACUGCACCACACACGCGAAAGCGUUAUUUUAAGGGCGGCGCCACCACUGUUGUCGCCUCCUUCCCUCCCUCCUACUCCCUCUGUGCCUUCUUCCGUCUCUCUCAUCUCACUUCCUCUAGCUAGAGGGCCUCGGGUCAGAGCGGGGCGGGCAAGAAAGCCGCCACAGCGGUGAGGUGAAAGUGUAGGGGGUAGCACGGUAGCGGGUGGCCAUGGAAACUGGUGGCAGCGGCGGAAGCGGCGGGGGAGACGACGUCCACGGGCUCAAGUUCGGCAAGAAGAUCUACUUCGAGCAGGACGCGGCUGGCGGGAGCGGGACGGCGGGGGCGGGUGGCAGGAAGGGGAAGGGCGCGGCGGGAGGCGGGGCAGCGUCCUCGGCAGCGGUCGCGGCCACGCAGCCGCCGAGGUGCCAGGUGGAGGGGUGCGGCUUGGAUCUGAGCGGCGCGAAGGCGUACUACUGCCGGCACAAGGUGUGCUCCAUGCACUCCAAGGCGCCGCGCGUCGUCGUCGCCGGCAUCGAGCAGCGCUUCUGCCAACAGUGCAGCAGGUUCCACCAGUUAUCUGAAUUUGACCAAGGAAAACGUAGCUGCCGCAGACGCCUUGCUGGUCACAAUGAGCGCCGGAGGAAGCCACCACCUGGACCUCUCACUUCACGCUAUGGCCGGCUUGCUGCAUCAUUUCAAGAGCCUGGCAGGUUCAGAAGCCUCCUGUUGGAUUUCUCGCACCCAAGGGAUGGGUGGACAGCUAUUCAGCCCGGCGACCGUAUGCCGGGUACUAUCCAGUGGCAAGGGAGCCAUGAACUUUAUCCUCACCGCAGCGCAGUUGUGGGAUACAGCGACCAUGCAUACAACGGCCAGGGUGGCUCGGUGGCGGGGGCACCAGUGCUCCCUGCCUUCGAGCUUCCUCCCGGCGGAUGUGUUGCAGGAGCUGCCACCGACUCCAGCUGUGCUCUCUCUCUUCUGUCAACUCAGCCAUGGGAUACUACCCAAAGUGCGAGCCACAACCGGUCCCUGGCAAUGUCCACGGCCAGCGCCUUUGAAGGCACCUCGGUGACGCCCUCAGUCAUGGCGAGCAACUACACUGCGGCAGCAAGCACCUGGACUAGCUCCCGGGGCCAUGCUGAGGAUGCUCUGAACCUGGUCCAUCCAGGCUCGGUCCACCACGGCCACUUCUCCGGCGAGCUCGAGCUUGCGCUGCAGGGAAGCGGGCCGCCGAACCCGCCGCAUGUCGAUCAUGGCUCCGGCAGCACCUUCAGCCAGUCCAGCAAUGCAAUGAACUGGUCCCUGUAGGGACGGAUACGGGCCCUUUCCCAGCAACUGCCUCCGGUCGCCACGCCAAGAGACAUGGAGCACUUGGGCGGCCUGGUUUUGUGCGCCUUACCUUGCCGUAUCAGAUUUCAGGGUGGAAAGGGAAUUCCUAACUGGUAGAUCGUGAAUUCCCUUCCCGUGUAGCCCAAUGCGUCCAUGAAUCGAUCAAACACCUGAUCUGAUCCUGUCAAUGUAGAACUCCGUAACUUGAACUAUUCAAUUAUGAAUAUGCUUGUCAAGUGACCUGCUAUUUA